AUGAUUUUCAGGCUUUCUCGUAGAUUUAAUGAUCUUAUCACGUCAAAAACGUUUAGCCAAACUUUAUUAAAGUCUAGGUUUGCUGAAGACAAAGAGCUUAUAUCAAUCUGCCGUGAAGUUUCUGACUCCCCCCUCCGUGAGCGAACAAAACCAUUAGAAAAAUAUCUAUUUUUGGUCCAAAAACUACCCUCCGUGAGCGAACAACAAUUUUUUAUGAAUUGAUAUAUAAAUGAUAAUUAAAAUCAUGAAAUCUAUAGAUAAUUCUGUUAAUUUUAAACAAAUUGCCCUUUAAAAACAUAAAUUUUAUAAAUUAAAUUAAUAUUUGCUUUCCAAAUUUUGUGAAUUAAGAUUUAUUUUAAAACAAAAAUUAGCCCCCUCCGUGAGUGUUCGCUCACGGAGUGGGGGGAGUGAGCUGAGAUAUUUAGAUCUGUAUCAGAGAUUUGGAAAAUCAUUAGAAUUCGACGCUUUUAUUGAGACACUUGAAAAGAGGGCACCAAGAAUGCCAUUGAAUACCCAAAAGGAAAUAUUGAAACAUAUGAUAAAGAACGCGGAAUUAAGGAACAGAGCCCUAACAAAUAAUUUUUGGACUUCUUUAGCUGAAGGCUUCACUAACUCCCCCCCAAGAUAGAGACAUGUUUUACUGGGAAAAAUAUGGAAAAUUUCUAUUUUUUGGGUAAAAAAACUCCUUCCAAUAGAGACAUUUUUCAAAAUGUUUUUAUAUAAAUUUUUAUAUUGAAAUUUUCCAUAUAAUGCGUGAAUUCAUUAAGAAAGUUAAGCCUCAAGCAGCUAAAAUUGAAUUUUUCAUUAACCCCCCCCUUUGAUUGAAUAUAGACUUUGAAAAUAAUAUUCUUGGAUUUUAUUUAAAUUUAUGUUAUAUAAUUUUUAAAAGCCCACCUUCCAAUAGAGACAUUUUUGUAAAAUGUCUCUAUCUUGGGGGGGAGGAGUAAGAAUAUUAGUCAUAUGAAAAUUGAGGACAAAUUAUAUGUAAUGCACGAAUAUGCGAUUCUUCAUAUUAAAGGAUAUGAUGUUCAAGUUUUAAUUAACAAUUUAUUGAAAUCUAUUGAAGAAACAGGGAUAAAAGAGUUUCAAGCUUUGUCAAUUUCUCAAUUAGCUGACUUGCUAUGAGCAAUAAAUGCUCAUAAUGGACAGUCUCCAACCCUUUUCCAAGCUUUAUCUGAAGCAGUCUUAACACAUCCUGAGCUAGAAACUACAAAUGGCACUCUACUAGCUAAAUUUAUAAGUUUUUUGAUUAAAAAUGAAUCAAGCAAGCAACUUUGUGGCCCAAAACUCUUUGAAACCUUGAAUAAUAUGCUGAAAAGAUAUCUGAUUAAUGAUCAAAAUAUUACUUUUUCUGAUAUGAUAGAAAUUGCUUAUUUUAUAAUUCCAUUAAAUUAUGAUGACAAUGGAUUAAAACCACUAAUUGAAGAAACAUAUAAUAAAUAUUUAAGCGAAGCUAACAAUGAACUAUUUACUAUAAAUACCAUAAGAAUUUUUGAAGCUUUUAAAACAUAUAGGUUUACUAAUCCAGGCCUAUUAGGAUCACUUAGCAAUUUACUUGAAAAAAAUUCUGAAGGUCUAAGCAUUAACGAAAUCUCUUCAUUGCUUUUUAUUUUGGCUCACAAGAGAAAAAUCCACAAAGCUCAAAUGGAGGUUUUAGAUAAAGUUUUGGCUAAAAAAUUGAGAAAAACUGAUGAAAUUUCAUUUAGAAAUUUUACUGAAUUGAUAAUAGAUUAUUCGAAUUCAGGAAUGCAGAACGACAACAUUUGGAAUAAUUUAGAAAAAAUAGCAAUAGUACACUUGAAAAGACCAUCAAUUAAUACACAUUAUCUUAUUAAAAUUUUGACCAUUUUUUGUUAUGAAGGAUCUACUAAUAACGAAUUGAUUAACAUUGGUAUCGACAAGAUAAUGGAAGAAGAAAGGCUUUCUAAAACCGAACACAAAAAUCUAUCUCGAAUUAUUGCUGCUGUUGCAGAGUGCAGCCAAUUACAAGAUCCAAAAUUAAUAGAAUUUCUAGAAAGAAAAUUAUAUAACUGCGUCGACUACAUGUACCCAAAUAUUGAGGCAAAAUCCCUUUACUCUUUGGCUAGGCUAUCUAAAGGAUCUCCAAACUUAUACAAAUUAUAUGCAAAGCGAAUUGCUGAAAAAAACAUAGGACUUCUAACUCCAGUCGCUCUUGGCCAAUGCUGCUAUACUUUUGGGAAAGCCAACGAGAACCAAUUUAUUAGAAGCGCAGCUUAUUAUGUUGAUAAAUGACUUAACGGAAAAGAAAAAUUGACAUAUAAAAACGAAAAAGAAAUAGAAGAAGAGACAGACGCAGCUGGGAAAGAAAAUUUUUCAUUUAAUAAAACAUUCCCAGCAGUUUCUGCAGUGCAGAUGGCAUGGAUGAUGUCAAAAUGCAAAUAUUUCGCUAGUGAGAAUUUUUGGUCUGAUCAUGUUAUCAAUUUGUUGAAUAAAAUUGAAGUUGGGAGCUAUACAUACUCAUUAAAUGAUUGGCUUGUAGAUCCUUUGUAUCCAGAUGAAGAAAAGGCGUUGACUGUGGACCAAUUUCAUUAUGAUUUGCUGCAGAGCAUACAGGAGCUUAAAAAACCAAAAAAAUAA